AUGACAGUUUUGCCCCAGGAACAUUUAACAUAUAGCACCGGCCCCCGUGGAUCCAAGCGCCUUCGAAAAGCAGCGGCUGCGCUCUUGACAGAGAGGUUUCGGUCACGAUCACCUGUCACAUAUGAAAACAUCAUUGUCACUCCAGGUAUGGCAAGUGCUAUUGAUGGAAUAUCGUUUGCAAUCUGUGAUGAGAACGACGGUAUUUUGGUUCCUCGGCCGUUGUAUAAUGGAUUUGUUUUCGACUUGAUGAACAGGAGUGACGUCCAGGUUAGAGGGGUCAAAUAUGAAGGCAUCGAGGGGUUCAGUGGACUAGACGAUCUUUUUCUACCUGGUGUUAACAGAAGAGCGCUUGAGAAGGCGCUCUGCGAAGCCAAAGAGACCGGAGUUAACAUUCGCGCUCUUUUGAUUUCCAAUCCACAUAACCCCCUGGGGAGAUGCUAUCCCCCAGAAACGUUGAGAGAGUUUGCUCUGUUCUGUGGCAAGAACGAUCUACAUCUUAUCUCUGAUGAGAUCUAUGCAUUCUCUGGGUUUCAAAACCCCGAAGCCCCAUUACUGGACACAUUCACUUCGAUUCUCGCUUUGGACCUGGAUUCUUCGAUCGACCCAACCCGCAAACAUGUGCUCUAUAGCGCAAGUAAAGAUUUCUGCGCGAAUGGGCUACGCAUGGGUUUUGUCUACACCGUCAACGAGGGUAUCAUGGGGGCGAUUUCAAGCAUCAGCAUGUUUUCCUGGUCACCGCAUAUGCUCCAGGAUGUCUGGGCUGCCAUGAUGGAACGCGGUCACUGGAUGGACGGCUUUAUGAGGCGAAAACAAGAAUUGAUGCUGGACCGGUACAAGAUGACUACGGCAUUCUUGUCUGAGCAUGGAAUCCCUUACUAUGACAUGAAUGCGGGGUUGUUUCUUUGGAUUGAUCUUCGCCAUGUUCUGUGCGGGAAUCCACAGACACAGCCGUCUGAUGAUAGCAGUUUAGAUGGAGCAGCUUCUGACGCCCAGCCCACUUUGCAAAGCGAGCUAGACUUUGCAGAUCUUUGCAUGAAGAAUGGCCUCAUGAUUACUCCUGGUCAUGUCUAUAUGUCUGAGAACUAUGGCUGGUUCCGGAUAACCUUCACCGUGGGAAGAGAAGCCCUGGAGGAGGGCUUGAAACGUCUCUUGUUAUCUAUCAAGACCACACUUCAAGAAAGGAAGUCCUAA